GUAGCCGGUGCGUGGGGCGGAACCGUGUCGUGCCGGUCCCGGUGCGCGGGGCUGUGCCGGUGCCGGUCCGCGGGGCGGGACCGUACGGUGCCGUAGCCGGUGUGUGGGGCGGGGCUGUGCCGGUGCCGCUGCGCGGGGCUGUGCCGGUGCCGGUGCGUGGGGUGGAGCCGUGUUGUGCCGGUGCCGGUACGCGGGGCGGGGACGAGCUGUGCCGUAGCUGGGGCGUGGGGCGGAGACAAGCGGUGCCGGUGCCGCUAUCCGGGGCUGUGCCGGUGCCGGUCCGCGGGGCGACGCUCCCCUAUGAGCCCGUGAGGCGGCAGCGGUGCGGGAGGGAUGGCGGCGGGCGGCGGCGGGGGGCGACCGCCGGGCCCCGACCCCGCGCUGGAGCCCUACGUGCAGACCCGCAUCUUCAAAAUCAUCGUGAUCGGAGACUCCAACGUGGGCAAGACGUGCCUGACCUUCCGCUUCUGCGGAGGCACCUUCCCCGGCAAGACCGAGGCCACCAUCGGCGUGGACUUCCGCGAGAAGACGGUGGAGAUCGAGGGGGAGCGCAUCAAGGUGCAAGUGUGGGACACGGCAGGCCAGGAGAGGUUUCGGAAGAGCAUGGUGGAGCACUACUACCGCAACGUGCACGCCGUGGUCUUCGUGUACGACGUGACCAAGAUGAGCUCCUUCACCAACCUCAAGACGUGGAUCGAGGAGUGCAACGGGCACGCGGUGCCCCCGCUCGUCCCCAGGGUGCUCGUGGGGAACAAGUGUGACUUGAAAGACCUGAUCCAGGUGCCAUCCAGCCUGGCCCUCAAGUUCGCCGACGCUCACAACAUGCUUUUGUUUGAGACCUCGGCCAAGGACCCACAGGAGAGCCAGAACGUGGACGCCAUUUUCAUGUGCCUGGUGUGCCGGCUGAAGGCGCAGCGCUCGCUGCCCUGCCGGGACACGGAGGGCUGGCCGGCGCAGCCCCAGCCGCAUUCCCGGCGGCUGGACGAGGCCAGCGGGAAAGGCUCCUGCCCCUGCUGAGCGGGACCCGCCCGGACCCCAAUAAAGGCUCUGAGCCCCCUG